AUGUGUCUGAACUCUGCUCUGCUCCAAAUGAAGUCACUGCCUCCGUAUAAUGAACUAGCAAUUAGCAGCAAAGCUAAUUCCCCUUUGCCACAGCGUAAACAUGACCCUAAAGAAGAGAAAGAGAACAGUGUAGCGCCUCUCCUCCCCCUCUCCUCCCCCUCUCCUCCCCCUCUCCUCCCCUCCCUCCUCCCCCUCUCCUCCCCCUCUCCUCCCCCUCUCCUCCCUCCCUCCCCCCUCCCUCCCCCUCCUCUCCGCCCAUUCAAGUCCUGA